GUCUAUUGCUGCUGGCACGAAGGCCCAACCCACCCGGAAAUACAUCACCGUGUGAGGGAACACGUGUGAAAGAUAGCUACUGCGGCCUGAACAGCACGUGCGAGCUCAGGCUUCAUACUUACUGAACAAGCCAAGCAUUUUGGGGAAGAAAUCCUUUCCUUUCCUUCCGCUCCGACGCAACGAAUCGAAGGAGAGAAGCCGCGAAGCGAAAGAGAGCUCCGUUUUUUUCCGACGGAAGUAUCACUUUCCUACGCGGAGCACUGGACAGCGAUCUGUGGAUGCGACGGUGAUGAUCGUUGCUGAUUCUUCUCCUGUGCUUCUCAAGAGACGGAGGCUCACCACUCCCGAUUCAAUGGAAGCUCAAGAAGCCAAGGCCAAGUUUGAUGCUGUGAAAGAAAGAUUUGGCCGGGAUCUUCGUGUAUUCGAGACCUCCCUUGUCUCUGCAUCCCCAACUCAGGUGUCCAAUGAUGACGAGUCAGAUGAGUUUUACGAGUUUACAGCAGAGGACUAUUAUCGAAUUCUUGGAACAAAGAAGCAAGAUAAACAGCUGAAGACAAGAAAACUCCGUGAGGCAGAAGAAGCAGCUCGCAGGUCAAAGAUCACAAAGGCUAUAAUUAGAGUUCGGUUCCCUGAUAAUCAUACACUGGAGGUGCCAUUCCAAUCGUCUGAAAAGCUACAGAGCUUAUUUGACCUUCUUAUGAAAGUGGUUGCUCACCCAGAAAUUCCUUUCUAUCUAUAUACAACUCCUCCAAAGAAGCAAAUCAAAGACCUCUCAGUUGAUUUCUACUCAGCAGGCUUCAUCCCCGGUGCAAUUGUGUAUUUUGCAUACAACCUACCAAAAGCGGAUGAUGCAGCUGCCGUUUCUGGUCCGUAUCUCCAAGAAGAGAUUAUGGCUCUGAAAGGUUUGGAUAUCGUUCCCGAACCAGUUGAGCCAGCUCAUUCUGCACCAGAACCAGUAACAACAGCACCUGCUGCUACUGCUCCACCCCAAGAGCCUAAAUCCGCCGGGAAGAAACCUGCAAAACCCAAGUGGCUGAAACUAUGAUCUGAUUUGUUCUGCAAGGUAAGCCCUUCGUAGGAGUUUCGCAACUGUAAAAUGGGGUGAAUCCAUAGGGUUAUGAGGGAUGAAAGCCAUGGGGGUGUAACUGUAAGGUGGCGUUGUCUUGAUGCUGGACGAUUGCAUCAUAGUUAGUAGUUACUACUGUUAACAGUCUUAUGUCUUUUGUGAAAGGUCAAUAUCGCGCUUGGGAAAUGAAGGAUGCUUGUUGUGAAUACACAUGAAUGGGUUUGUUCUUUCUUGUGUGGGCUGGGCCUAGUCUUGCUCUAGUGAAUCGUUUUGCUCAGUUUGGGUUCUCCGUUUUCUUCCCCUUUCAUCCGAUCCCAGGUGUACUGUGGACGGGAAAGAAAGGGGAAUGGAAAAGGCAACGAUUUUGUUGUGGGGAAAUCAGGACUCAAGAGGGCAUGGCAGGUGGUGGAGAAAGGCAUAUGCCUUUUUUGGGAGAUUCGGCUGUUGGUGGGGAGUGGGAAAAUAUUGUAUUGUUCCUACCUAUUAUGACCUUUGAACUUUUGGGAUUAAACAAACGACUGAUGGCAGCUUGACUUGCAGUUUCCAUACUGCAAUGAAGAAAUAGAUCUAGUUGAACAACUUUCCAAGUACAAUUACCAAAUGCUGGACACAUUUUUGUUCCUUCCUCUUUGUACACAAACACAACAAAAAUAACACUUCUUCCCCAUGAUAUGCGUGGUUUGGAUUGAACUCCGAAGUUUGGUUUAAACUCGAGAUAAAGUAUUUGAUCAAUUUCCACAAGGUAUCUAAGACACUCAAAUACAUAGAGGUAAAUGUACACACAAAUUAACAUGAGUUUACCGGUGGAAACAAACAGUUCAACUUAAGAGUAGGCUACAGAAUGUCUAGAUAUAACCACCUCUAGUUUCAUUGAGCAACACUUCAUUUCAUUUUUUUUUGUCAAUUUUUCAUUUUAUUAAUAUUAAUUUAAAAUUUAUAGAUUAUUAUCCCAACCAUCGAAAUUGGAAAAGUUCAUGAUUGAAUGGGUAAUAGAAAAAUAGUCCAAAUGCGGGGAAGAAAAGGUUGUGCAUUUGUGGACACCUAGUAGGCUCAAAAUAAGGCUUUGUCUUAAAGAUCAAACUCUAAAGAAAACGCCACUAUUCAUGAUUCAUUUCCUCUCCUCACCAACCAACCCAAAUUGCCCACCUGAAUUCAAACUAUCAUUUUGCAUCAUUUUCACAUCAACCCAUCACCUACUCCCAAGCAUAAAAAGAAGAACAAAAAAGAUCGAAAAUAUUUUCUAUAAGAAGUUUUAGCUUCCUUUUAAAAUCGUUAUUCUCAGGAUGACUUCUUAGUUUUUUAAUAGUGAAUACUUUUCUAGAGUUGAACAACUGGCUCUUUUUUCAUAAUAUAAAUUAUUUCAAUUGGGAUUUUAUUUAUUAGUAAAAUAAAUUAAUUUUAUGUCA